UCGCGCGGCGCAUGCGCGUGGCGCAGCGCCGGGGGCGGGCAGCGAUGGCGGCUGCGCUGGGGCUGGCGUCCUCGCCGGGCUCCGCCGCCGUGAGCGAGCUGUGCCAGAACAGGCGGGAGAUCUUCCUGGAGGCCUCGCGGCUGCUCCUCACUUACGCCGACAACAUCCUCCGGAAUCCCUAUGAGGAAAAAUACAGAUUAAUUCGGAUUGGAAAUCCGGCAUUUUCCACAAGGCUGUUGCCUGUCAGAGGAGCAGUUGAAUGUUUAUUUGAGAUGGGAUUUCAAGAGGGAGAAACUCACCUGGUUUUCCCUAAGGAAGCUUCAAUUGAGCAACUGCGUAAAAUCAGAGACUUAAUUGCUGGAGAGAGGAGUAGCAGACUGAAUGAGUCAAACCAAAUCCACAGAUCAGGAGCCUCUGCAACUGUCAGCAGCACUCAGACAGCUGCACAACGGCCUUCGAGACCUGUUGAUUCUGUUUUUGCCCCUGCCCGUCAGCAACCAGAAAUACCACUUGUGCAAUCUCUUGAUAUGGCUGCAAAUAUCUUGAAAACACUUCAGACAAAAUUUGAGGGUCUUGUAUUGAUGUAUGAGAAUCCUUCUAUUCAGCAGAAAGCACUGGCUGCAAUUCCCCUCCAGGAAUUGAAAAGCAAGGCUCAGAAAAAGCUAGCACAAGCUACAAGACUGGACAAAGGUGCACAUGUGAAUGAAGAGGACUUCUUAUUGUUGGAGCUUUUGGACUGGUUUAAGACUUCCUUUUUUCAUUGGGUAAAUAGUCUUCCUUGCAGCCGGUGUGGUGGGCAGACAGAGCCUAAAAGUGACUACCUGUUGCCUACUGAUGAUGAUCUAAGGUGGGAUGCCAGUCGAGUGGAAAACCAUUACUGCAAUCAGUGUCAGCUCAGUAAUAGAUUCCCAAGGUAUAACAACCCUGAAAAACUUCUGGAAACCAGACGUGGGCGCUGUGGUGAGUGGGCCAACUGUUUUACACUGUGCUGCAGAGCUGUAGGGUUUGAAGCAAGAUACGUCUGGGACCAUACAGAUCAUGUGUGGACUGAAGUAUAUUCUUCAUCUCAGAAAAGAUGGCUUCACUGUGAUCCUUGUGAAAAUGUCUGUGAUAAGCCUCUUCUUUAUGAAACUGGCUGGGGAAAGAAGCUCUCCUACAUAAUUGCAUUCUCCAAAGAUGAGGUUGUUGAUGUCACCUGGAGAUACAGCUGUAAACAUGAAGAAGUACUCUCUAGAAGGACAGCACUCAGCGAAGCUACGCUGCGAGAGACAAUUAAUGCACUAAAUAGAACGAGACAAAAGUCUUUGUCAGAAAAUAGAAAAAAAGAGCUCCUGGAAAGGACUAUUGUGGAGCUUGUUGAGUUUAUUUCUCCUAAAACACCUAAACCUGGAGAAUAUGGUGGAAGGACAUCAGGCUCAAUGGCUUGGCGAGUAGCCAGGGGUGAAAUUGGUCCAGAGAAAAGAAAAGAAGUAGUUUUUAUUCCCUCUGAAAAGGAGAAGACGUGUAAACUGUUCCACCUCGUCUACAAUGUAAUAGAUGAUAGUUAUACACGGAUUUCCAAUAACAACGAAAAAAUAAGUGGCUGGGAAGCAGGUGUUUUGAAGGCAGAAUCUAUUUGGAGAAAGGUUGAAACAGAUUGGAAAAUGGUUUAUUUAGCCCGAAAAGAAGGGUCAUCCUCUGCUUCCAUCAGCUGGAAGUUUGAGUGCAAGUCAGUCGGUCUAAAAAUAGAUAACAUUUCAGUUAGGACAAGCAGUCAAACAUUUCAGAGUGGAAGAAUACAGUGGAGACUUCGCUCUCCUACAGCAGAAAUUGCUCUGAUAGGAGAUAAAAGUCUUUGCUCCUAUUCAGAUUUUUCUGGAGCAACGGAAGUUAUGUUGGAAGCAGUUCUAAAUGGAGGGGAUGGUGAAGCUGCAUGGCAACACACACAGCUGUUUAGAGAGAGCUUAACAGGAGGUGGGGAAAAUUGCUUGGAGAUAAUUAUAAAACUCAGUGACCUCUGAGAAUCUGAACUGUAGAAAUGUACUUUGGAUUCCUUGAAGACAUUGUACCAUGGAUACAGUAUGAAGAUUUGGUUGGCAAUUCCUCUUCAUCCUGCUGGCAGAUUAUUUCCUGUUUCACUGCUUCCAUUAAACCAACUUGAAACUGCACGUGUAUUGAAUAGGUAAACAUUACAAUGAAAACCUCUUUGCUAUAAAAACAAACAGAAAAAUUAAGGGAUUGAACAACAAAGUACCAUUUUCUUAAACUUUACAAUGAAAAGGAAACAAUUUUUAGGAAGCAAAAUAUGAUCAUAGAAGCACAAAGCAAUUGUAAUUGAUUUUAGCUUGGAGUUUUGGGAUUGGCUUGCUGUUUUAUUGGGGGUUUUUAUAAUCUACUGGGAAAAAUAGUUUGAAUUAUGUUUUCCAAUUAUAACAAAUACUUCUGAUGAUUUUAAAAUAUUUGAAAUAAUAUUAGAGGAUUUAGACAUUUUUUCAAAAAUUUGAUUUUGUGUAGUAUUCAGAAGUGCUGAAAUUAAGUUAAUUUCAAUAUUGCAUCCUUGUUAGAUGUCUAAGUAUUAAACUUGUGUUUAAUACCUAGAAUUAUUUGGAAGCAUGAUGGUUGCUGGGAAAAUAACAUCAUUUUGAAGGAAAUGUUCAUUAUGUACUUCAAAUUGUCAUGACCUAUGAUACAAAAUUGAGGCUUAAAACUGAGUAAGAACAUAAUAUUUUUUCUAUGAAAAAAUAGGUUAUUCAUUAUAAAUACUUUUUAAUUAUAUUAAUUUAGAUUUGCUUAAUAAAUCUUUUAAAAGUUAGGCAUGUAGGUUGAAAUCCUUUUAAGCGGUUUUCUUGACUUGCUUUAAAUACUGUUUCCAAAUUUGAUCUUAAAGAAUAUACAUUUUUUUUUCUGUUCAAUUAAUUCAGUGUUUAAAUUUAUUUUCAGUCAGUAUAAAAAAUACUAUCCAGGAGACAUCAGAUGUUGCGGUGCUAUGAAUGAAGCAUGGAGUGAACGUUCAGAUUAAAUAGUCUUUAUCAGAAUGUGAGGAAGGCCUUGCCUGGAUUAUACAAGAGAUACUCUAUUAUAGAACUAAAAUGAAAAGUUCAAACUAUGGUUUUAUUUUAAAAGAAGUGAGAAUUAAGGAUGAUGUUCUCAAGAUAAGUGUUUUUAAAGUUUUUCUUCCUUCUUUUUUGCACUUUCCAGCCUCUGUAUUGAUUUGAAGCAUUUGUCCAAAAUAAUUCAUGUUGAAAUAAAUGUUUGCUUUCAACAAAUCUAAGCAAAUAUGAAGCUAUUCAUAUUUUACUAGAAAACUGCAUAUGCACAGUGAACAAAGGAAUCUUAAAAAAUAGUAGAUUAUAGCAGCUCAGAAGUGACAGAACAAUGCGUGAUGGAUUAUAUACUUCAGAAUGUAAAUGGGCAGUUUAUGAGGGGAAUUAGAAGAAUCUCCCCCCUCAUAAUACAGAUUAAUACAGUGACAGGGUACUUACUGUAUUGUGCACACUGGGAGGGAAGAGUACACACUGGAAGGGUGUUUAUCAGUGCUUGAACUAAUUCAAAGUGAAUUCAUCAGUCUCUGUUUAAAAUUACCUCUGUAUUUGGUUUCAGUUAACACUUUUUCUGAGAUUUUGAGUGGGAGCCCAACAGAAGAGUAUUUUAGGCUAAUAUGUAUACUACAUUGGAAGAGAAAAGGGAAGACAACUCAGGUGCCACCAAUCAACAAAAGUUUUUACUUAAUAUUUUGAUAGCUGAAAAAGUUACUGCUUUAAAGCAGAAAUUGUUUUUGCAAUGUAUUACUUAGAGGACCUUGAGGAAUUGCAGAAUUUCUUAACUGCAUCUGAUAAUAUGAAAUCAGGCAAAAUAUAUUUUAAAGUAGUAAGAUAAAAUAAUUUUCUCAUAAUUUUGGUCAGAAUCCUGGGUAAGAGUAAUAGCUGCAGAUAACUUAAAACAGUAAAGUAAUCGAAGUCCAUUUUAAAAAAGUUUGAAUUAAAAAGAUGGAAAAAUGCCUGGACAGUCUAAUUAAUCAAGAAGUACUUCUGUAUUUAUAAAAUCACGUUCAAUGAAUAGAAGUGCUUAUUUUAGGAAAGAAUUAAUAAGUAAAACACUCACGCGUAAUAGAGCUAAUGUGAAAAAUUUAAAUGGAACUCCUUCAGUUGUCUUUUGGAGUAUCCUAUAGGCAGUGAACACUUUGAAUCUUCACACAUAACCUGUUUUAAAGGCAUUAAUUUCCUCUAUUAUCUCAAUUUCAGCCCAACUCUUCAUACAUUUUAAUUUUUUUUUUAACCAGAGGUAAUCCCUCAUCCACAGUUGUUUAAUAUUAACUUACAGUAUCCUGAAUUUGCAGUAUUACAUGGUGGGAAGAUCUCUGCUGCUCUAAGUCUGCUCUAAAAGUAUGGUUAUUAAGUUAUGCUGGUAAUGGUACAAUACUGGGUGAGUGGUAGAUGUUGAUCAGGGCACAUGUCAGAAGUCAGUGCUUACUCAAAUUUUUAGAAGUUUGAGGAGGUGGAGAUUAAAUGGGGAAAUUUAAAAUACUGUUGCCUAGAAAUGUGUGGCUUAAUACAGGUAAAAUCAGCAAUGUUUUCUAGAAUCCAGCUUAGGUGCAUUUUAAAGACUGACUGGCUGUGCCAUCUGUGACUGCCUUCCAAGGUUGCACUGAGUUGUAACAGUGAAAUCUUUUCCAUUAAAAGUUUACAUAAAUACUGUACUACCCAGUUAAUGCUAUUUUUGGGGUGCAUGGUUUCCAACAGAACUAUGUGGGAGCCUGUGCACAGAAUUCCUCCUUUCAAACAAGUAUUUGUUGUACUGUUGUCUGUCUAGAGUUGAUCGUCCAUCUGUUGAUUUCUUCAUAUCCUGUUUUGACACUUAAUGCUUAGUAAUUUCCUACACCCCAGGAAGUUGCUGGGAAGAUGUAUCCUUAAAAUAUAUGAAGGAAGCUCCUUCUAGGCAGUGGAGAAAGAAAGAAGAGGUACAGAUUUCAUAGAUUUUUUUACAGAUUUUCCUGCACAGCUAUGCAGGAGUCAAACAAACUUUGGUGUAAAUUAUAUAACUUACAAUGAGAAGUAAGUAGUGAAAAUUAUCUGAUCUUGUAAGAAAAUCUAUCACCUUAACUCAUCUGUUAACAUUAGAAUAUUUUUCACAUUUAGUAGGUUGGAUAUAAAAUAUAAUCCUUAUUAUGUGCAACAUCAGGAAAUGUAGAACACUAAAAAUAAAGUGUGUUUGUCUCCAUAGUGCGGUGGAAUGAAAACAGAUAGCAGGCAGCACAUAUGGCUGCCAGAAGCUGGGAACACCCAUUUGCAGAGUUCUUGCAGCUCUAAACAUAACAAGUCAAAACAAAGGAACUCCAAGAGGGGCAGAGAUUGUUCCAGGCAGAUAUCAGGAUGUCUGUCUCUUCACCACACCCACACUCCUCAUUUCUUUACCUUUGGUUGCUCAAGCUAGCAAUGGAAAUAAGCUAUAAGUUAAUUUAAUAGACCUCACUAGUUUGUCAAAACUUAGCAUUUCUUAAGUAUAGGCAUUAUUUAAAGUGAAUCUCUAAUUUCCAUUGUAGGUUAAAGCCUCUGGGUUCGGACAAAAUUGUUGUCCAAGCAAUUCAACACCAUAAAAAAUGUGUCAGUAUUGAAGGGACUUCUUUAUCUCAGCUUCAUAUCAUAUGGAAGGUUGAGAAGGAAAUUGCAGACAAGUACCUUCCUUAAACGCAGUUGCUUAGGUCCUUUCUAUACUUUGAGUAUUUUGGGGGAACUUAUUCAACAUUAUUUGCAGUAGUUCAGCUUACCUGGUGCUGGUUCUGAAGGUUCUUUACGGGGUACUCCUGUUGCAAGCAAUGCUUUAUGCCUUGUGCCUUAUGGCCUGUCUAAACAGUAAUCAGUGAUGUAAUGUAUAUUAUGUGUACGUAUAUGAUCACUGGUCAUAUAGUUGUAAACAUGAGCAGAAAGGAAGAGUAAUGACAGAAAUGACUGGGAUAAUUUGGGUUUUUAAUGCUAAUCUUGGAUAUUUAAUCCCAGCAGAAGGACAUUAGAGUAAAAAAAAAAAAAAAAAAGUGUCUUUAGUAGAUUGAAACAGUUCCUUCUUUACUUAGGUUUUUAAUUUCAGGAGCAGAAUUUUGAGACUUCCCAGCCUAUAUUAUGGAAUUUAGGAAUGACCAAUUAGCAAGCCAAGGUCAAAUAUAUGUAUUUUAAGUGUACAGGUGUUAUGAAAUGUGUAAAGGCUUAAAUGUGACUGUGAAAAAGAUAACAGUGAUUUUCUCCAUCGUUAAGUCUUAUGUUCUUAUUCUUGGGCUUGGGGUUUUUUUCAUGGUAAACCUUGUAAUUAGGCUUUAGCUUUGUUUAUUAUUAGCCUGCUUCAGUUUCUUCAGGUUUAUUUUUUCUCAUCUAGCUUAAAAUACAUUUUAAUUUAUGUACACAGUUGUAGCUGUAUGGUAAAUACACUACGACAAAAAAUAAGUUGAUUUAUUUAUUUAUUUGGUAAAAGGAGAUGAAAGAUGGCUUUUUUAAUCUUAAAAAUAUUCAAACUCAGCAGGAAAAAAAAAAAAAAAAAAAGAAAUAGUAAUUAAAAUUGAUGAUGCCCAGAAACCAACAAAGUUACCAGGACUUAAUAAAAUUUUAUGGCGAAAGAAAAUGUAAUGGACUAUAUAAACUGAUGCUGGCAGAAGUAGCUUCCAAUGACUGACCUUGGUUUUGAGACAUUUUACUGUGUGUUUAUUUAUAUGUAGGUCCCUGAAAGUUUUCAGUAGAAGAAAAUUGCUGAGACUGGUGAACAGGUUUUUUAUAAAUCUGUCUGAGAUUUAAGCAAUAGCUGAGUUUAAAUAUUUUUUAUUUUUACUAGUUUAAGCUAUAGAAAUAAUUCUAGAAUUAAGAACAGGAUCCCACUUGUUAUAGAUAAUUCCUUCCUUUGUUCCAGUCAAUAAUCUGGAUCUUUGAUUUUGGAAAAAGUGUGUUUGUGACAUGUUGUAACCAAGAACUAGGUCUGCAUUACCUGUAAGGAUGUGAGAUUUCAGUGUGGCAUUAAGCACCUGGGGGAAAGAUGAUUUCACUAUGCAUGACAAUGGUGAUGUUUCAGUGUAUGUUCUAUUAACUUGAUCCUUUUAUUCCAUAAUGCUGAGUGUUAUUUCGUAUCCUUGGAACUUCAGUAAUAUAGUGUAUUAUCCUUGAAGGCCCAGGGGAACAUAUUUUCCCCACUGAAAAUCAUCAACUAGCAGCUUAUCUCUGUUGCAAUCAAGAGGAAAUGCUGCACUUACUUUAGGUGAGCAUUUUGGAUAACAAUAUACAGACUGCCCUGUGGAACAGUCAUAAGGAAACCAGCUGAUGUAAGAGAAUGAAGACAUAUGAGAGCACUGUUUGAACAAACUCAGACUAAAGUAGGUGGAACAGUUGGUCACAGGCUCUUAGAGCAAAUGGAGCAGCAAAGUACAGAAUGGAAGGAGAGAGCCUCACUUCUCGCCUUUGCAUUAUUGCCACUGUGAAGAGAAGGAUGGAAGGUAAUUGAAUGUAUGUGUGUCCAUGCUUGCAUUGUAUCAGAAGUCAAAAUAACGUAGUUAAGCUGCAGCAGCUUUCACUUUUAGCCAGAGUGCCAGGGAAAUGAAUGGUAUAUUAAAAAGCAAAGUUCACUACUAGCAAAAAGAAUGUAAAACUUUAUUGGCCAAAAAGGAAGUGCCUGGUUUUGGACUGCAUUAAGAAUUGUAGUGCUGUCCUGAUUUGCUUUAAUAUCACGCAUGCCUAAAACUGGUUUUGAUUUGUUUUCUUUAGUUAGGUUGUGUAGGUUGGAGUUUCUGCCUGAGUAUGCUAACUGAUUUCCAUGAUGUUGGCAAUAAUGGUUUAAAAGAAAACAGUCCCAUUUCCCCCCUCCCUCCCCCACCAAAAAAAGAAAAAAACAACCCUAAAAACAUUCAAAAUAAAAACUAAAACCACCCCUGCUAAGAAUGUAGGAACACAAACAGGAAGUGUUAGAAGCUGCAGUUUAAUUUUAACACCAGAGGAUGGAAAAAAGAUAAUGCUGAUUAAUGAAUGUCAAAUUUGCAUAACUUGGGGGGUUGUUUAGAUAAGCUGAUUGUUUCCUUUUUUUUAAUAAACCAAAUAUUUUUGAAAGGAAUUUGUAUCAUCAUGGAGCCUUUCAAAACAGAAACUUAGGAAGUUCUUGACCAAGUGUCAGUACUAUGCAUGAUCUGCUUUUAUAAAUCAUAUUAUUAGUCAUAUCAAUUCUUCCUCUAGACUUCAAAGUCUGUCUUUGAUAAUGGUAUUUUUAAACUUCAAAUCCAUUUGAUUUUUUUUUUUUUUUGUAAAGGUGAAACCUCAAAGUUCAUAUUCAGUGCAACAGGCAUGGUAAUUUUUCUUGACUAUGCACUCUAUAUGGUCUGCAACUUCACUUUUUAACUUUAUUUCACAUUUUAAGGCUUGCUAGUAAUUAAUAUUUGUACAUCAACUUAUUGAUUUAUAAAAACCAAAACCGAUUGACAGAUAUGAAGGAAUGGGCUUUCAACCAGACACAACAUAAGAAUAGCUUUCUGAAGACAGAGACUUACAUGCAUUUCUGGCCCACAGAAAUAAAAUCUGUGAUAGGAAACAGACUAAGAAAUGCUUGCCAGAAUACACUUACCUUUUCUACUUUUGAUUUCAUUUAUUUCACAUGCAGGACUGAUUACCAGUCAUGUGAGGAAAUUCAAGCAUUUGUAAGUAUUCAGUGAAAAAUACAAAGUCCAUCUGUGAACAGAGCAUGGAGGUAACAUGUAUGCCAGUGAAAGAGUGGCUGAAAGAUUUUGGAUGUGGAAAAAAAUAAUUUCUAAAGAUCAUGAGAUUUACUGGCGAUAACCAGAUUAUUGGCGAUAACCAAUUCAGUGAAAAUCAACUAGACCCUAUUCUGUUUCAAGGAUUGAAUGUUAAAUCCAUUACUGGGGAAUAUUUUUUUGAAAAAGUUGUAUGGAAGGGACACUCUGGUCAUGUAGUGUUUGUAAGCAGGAGUUGCUACAAGCAGAAGUGGUCAGUGGAUUUUGUGUUUAACACACAUUAGAAUGAGAAAGCCAGGACUAGCACUACAUAUUAGCAUUAUCUGUAUUAGUGGUGAGAUGGAGGGAUUUUACAGUGAAGCGUAAGCAGAUGUUUUGCCAUCUUUUAGAAGAUUCCUGUGUUUAACAUGUGAUAUCAGCUGUCUCCUGGGGUAACCCUCACUGUUGUCUUCACUCUUAAAAGCCCUUCCAAAUUUCCCUUUUUAUAUACUAGUGGUUUUUCAUUGUUUGAAGCAGUGUCUGCAGUGGCGAUCAAGGCAAUUUCCCAGUGACGCAUAGGUAACAUCUGGAGGCUUCUGCACCGUCUCUGGAUUCUGUCCUUUUCUCUUUUCCCUGGUGUAUUACAGCGUGGUACCCCAACCCCAUAGAGCCUCUAUGUAUUCCCUAGUUUAUGACAGCUGCUGUUCCCUCUCUGGUGGGCAGUGGGAGAAGCCAUGAGGAUGACAGUAGCAUGGUCUACUGCGGGAGUUCCUUGAAUGUGAUCCUCUAAAUCUAACACAGUCUUCAUUGUUGGAAAAUUUUGUUCUUUUCUUAUAUAAUUUUAUUUCCUACCUGCUUUUUGUAUUGUGUCAUGUGUCGCCCCACUCCCCAUGGCAUAUUGAAUACAUAGCUCAACUGAAGCCUCAGACCCUAUCCUUCCAAGAAUGUGCCCCUCUCUGGUAUCUUUGUUCCCAGAAUAGUUCUGGUUCCCAGAAAGGCUACUGGCCACCAAGGGUAGCCUGCUGCAGGCCUGGUAACAUAGGCCUUUCCUCACAUCAUUUUGAGACCCACUGUCAUCCACGAGCCUGAGAAAUGUUGUAUGUCCCACAAAGGAGGGGAAAGUGAAGCAGCAGCUAUUUUAAGGGAAGGGUUUUAGGACCGACAUUACAACCUAGUGUUUUGGUAUGUUAAUGCAUAUGGUUCAAAAGGGCAAUGAGGAUCCUGACCAGAUUAAAUAACCAGAUUUUACUGCAUUAAGGAAUUGGCAUUGAAAUUCAAAGAACUGAAUGAACGACUAUACAUUAAGUUUGCCCGCUGUACUACAGGUAUCUGUUGUAAGGCUAUGAAUGCUGUUAUAUAUUCAAUUUAACUCCAGAGAAUAACCCAAACAAAUGCUGAAUUGAGAACAAUAUUUUUAUUUCACGUCUUUUUGAAAGAUUAACUAUUGCUUUUUAUAAAUAUGCAAAGACCUGUAUGUGUGGAAAUGCAAAGCACAGCAUUCACCCCAUUAAUGUGCUAAUUCAUUUGGAGGAAAUUGAAAAAGUAGUUUCACCUAUUUUAUUUGCAUGUCCCUGCUAGUCUGUUACAGAACCUGUUAAGCCGCCAUGCCCAUGUCAUAGUUAACAGGCCUGGAGGGAGCAUCAACCUUAAGGAUCAUGGGAUGUCCCAUCAUGUACAGCAUGGGAGUAGCAUAGGUCAAGGGUGGGAUGACAGGCACUGCAGUCUUCCUGUUUGUGAAAUGCAGAUAAGUGAUCAUGAAUUCUCAGAGCAGAUUGAAGCAUGGAGCGGGAGGGAGUGCUGUGUUCUGCAUGUGCACUCUUGGGAGAAUGAAUGUCUGUUGUACAGACAGCUUGGGAGUGCUGUGUGCUGUGCCUGGCUAAGGAGAUGUUUGGCUUUGUGGCUAAAAGCAGUCAUGCUGGUUUGGUGAAGUAACUCAGAGCUGAAGCAUGUGCCAUGGAUUAUGUGUGAGUGCUGCAGCUUCUGCUACAUUCCCAUGGAUUGGUUAAUGUGCCUGCCUCUAUGGCCUGUGACUGUUCUCUGCCUUUACUGUAGUCAAAAUGCUGGUGUGGCUCAGGCUGUGCUGUACUUCAACAACUAUCAGGAAAGAAAGCAUAGUUUCCUCUGAAUUGUCUUCUAUUCUGCACAGCUACUCAAAAUUAGUACUUUUAGUUAUUUGGGAGAAUGGAUUAUUUGAUUAGAAAGCUGAGGAAAGCUUUACGAUUUGAGAAUUAAAUGCCCCAAAUAACCAUAUGUAUGCAAUUGAUCUCUUAAACUUUAGCUAUUCUAUGACUUCAAGUAAUUUCAUUAUUUUCAGCCUUUAUGCCAGUGUGCUCUUUCAUCAUCAUUACUCAUGAGAACUGAAUCCAAUGUAUUUUGGGAGAAAUUAUAGAAAAUGAGCAAU